AUGUGUGACUACUCAAGACUUAUUUGUCAUGAAUCUUCACUGCAUGUUCCUUCUAUGAUUCAAGAUGAUUUUGUUAUGUGGUUUGACAAUGCCCUUUCCAUGCUUAAUAGUGAGGAAUUAUUUGUUGUUAUAGCAGUGAUGUAUUACAUUUGGAAGGCUCGAAAUCACGCUGUUUGGGAUGGCUAUCUUCCGGCGCCAUCUUGUGUGUGGCGAGAAGCAAAUUCGGCAGCAGCUGCAUGGAGGAAUACUCAUUCUCAACAGAUUCCGCCCAAGCCUCCCAUGCCCCUGCCCUUGCCGUUGCCGACUGGAGAACAGCUACAGCAAUGCUUCAUCGACGCAAGCUUCCGGCCUCAAACCAGGACAGCUUCGGUGGGCGUAGUUUUGAUGGCGCACGACGGUGGAUUCAUAGCAGGAUUAAGUGCGCGGCUUCCCGCCUAUUUUUCGCCACUCAUGGCGGAGUCAUUAGCUUGCAAGGAGGCUUUGUCUUGGCUCAAGAAUCGCGGUCUGUCAGCUGUGCACAUCUUUACGGAUUGUUCCACGCUUAGGGAUUUACUUAACUCCUCUCACUCGGAGCUUUUGUCAUAUGUUGGGUAUUCGAUUGAUGCCUCUAGGACUCUUAUGUCAUCUUUUAUUUCUUGUUCAAUUCAUUUAGUUCCUAGAUCUCAUAAUAAGGCUGCACAUACACUUGCAGCUGAGGCUUUCUCUCAGGAGACACCUUUGUACUGGGAUUUAAUCCCUCCAAACUCUAUUGCUCAUUUGUUUUAA